CUCGGCACAGGCGCAGUGAGCUGCGGCCGUCAUCUGACUGAUGUGUGAGUGUUGGGCGGCACCAGGAAGACGCAGCUGUUAUGACAGUAGAUGAACAAAAUAAACAUACAUGAAAAUAAAAUAUCAAUGAACGGAUUAUAACAUCUCACAGCUCGCAAAACGAACACCACGUCCGGUACCUUCAACCCUGCCAUUUGGGAUCGGUUACUAUGGAGGAGACGAACAGAGAGGCCGUUGCCACGGCGGUGCAGAGGGUUGCUGGGAUGCUGCAGCGCUCUGACCAGCUGGACAAAGUGGAGCAGUACAGACGGAGAGAGGCGCGGAAGAAAGCCUCUGUGGAAGCAAGAUUAAAGGCUGCCAUUCAGUCUCAGUUGGAUGGGGUACGAACAGGCCUCACGCAGCUCCAUAAUGCUCUGUGUGAUGUGAAAGACAUCCAGAACUCUCUGGCAGACGUCAGUAAAGACUGGAGGCAGAGCAUCAACACCAUCGAGAAUCUGAAGGACGUGAAAGACGCUGUGGUUCAGCACAGUCAGCUGGCUUCAGCCGUGGAGAACCUCAAAAACAUUUUCUCAGUACCUGAGAUUGUACGAGAGACCCAUGAACUGAUCGAACAGAGUGAGCUGCUUCAAGCUCACCGCAAGCUAAUGGACCUGGAGUGCUCCCGCGACGACCUCAUGUACGAGCAGUACCGCAUGGACAGCAAGAACGUCCAUGACAUGAACCUCAUUCGUAGCUAUUUUGGCCAGGUGCAGGGCCUGUCGGAGGAACUCUCCAAACAACUCUGGAUGGUCCUCCAACGUGCCAUGGUCACCGUCCGCCGCGACCCCACCAUGCUGGUGUCUGUGGUUCGAAUCAUCGAGCGUGAAGAGAAGAUCGACCGCAAGAUGCUGGACCGUAAGAAGCAGACUGGGUUCAUCCCACCCGGGAGGCCCAAAUGCUGGAAAAACCGCAUGAAUGAAGUCCUAGAGGGCACCGUGAGCGGUCGCAUCGAGAGCACGCAGUCAGAAACACGUGAGUCUGACAAAAUGUGGUUGGUGAGGUUGCUGGAGAUCACUAGGAAGUAUGUACUGGACGACCUGAUCGUGGUGAAGAACAUGAUGGUACAAUGCUUCCCUCCACACUACAACACCUUCCAGGUGUUCUUCGACCUCUAUCAUAAGUCGGUGUCAGCGCGGGUGCAGGAGCUUGCAGCAGAGGAUCUAGAAGCCAAUGAGAUCGUGUCUCUUCUCACAUGGGUCCUCAACACGUAUAAAAGUGUGGAUAUGAUGGGUCAUCCUGAUCUGCAGCCCGAGUGUGACGUCAAGAAGUUGGAGCCGCUGUUGCCCGAAAAUGUGGUGGAUGAUUUGCUGGGCAAAUACCUCAAGACGUUCACUUCAAACAUCACAGGCUGGCUGCGCAAAGCUCUGGAAACAGAUAAGAAAGACUGGCAGAAGGAGACGGAGCCUGAGGCUGACCAGGAUGGCUACUACCAGACCACCUUACCUGCUAUUGUCUUCCAGAUGUUUGAGCAGAAUCUCCAGGUGGCUGCGCAGAUCAACGAGACCUUUAAAGAGCAGGUGCUGAAAGUCUGUCUGAAGCAGAUGAACUCGUUCCUAGUAAGGUACAGAGAGGAGGCGAUCGCCUAUAAGGAGGAACAUAUGAAAGAUCGUCAGCUUCCACAGUGCUACGUUCAGUACAUGAUUGCCAUCAUCAACAACUGUCAAACAUUCAAGGAGUCUAUAAAUAGCCUGAAAAGGAAGUACUCUCAGUCAACUGAAACCACUCAGAACGACGCCACCAUAGAUAAGCUCCUGGAUGAUGUGGCCGGAGAGGGCUGCCAGUUCCUGCUAGAUGAAGUCUUCCUGGAUUUGGAGCAUCAUCUUAGUGAGCUGCUGACCCGGAAGUGGUUGACGGGCUCUCAUGCUGUAGACACCAUCUGUGUGACCGUGGAAGACUACUUUAACGACUUUGCCAAAAUUAAAAAGCCGUAUAAUAAGGAAAUGACGAGUAAGGCUCAUCGGCGGGUGGUGGUGGAGUAUCUGAAAGCCAUCAUGCAGAAGCGCAUCUCGUUUAAGAAUGCUGAAGAGAGGAAGGAGGGAGCAGACCGGAUGAUGAAAGAAGCGGAUCAGUUCAAAUUCCUUUUCAGGAAACUUUCUGCUGGAGAGGACUCAGACCGGCUGUGUGAUUCCAUCAGUGCGAUCGCUGAGGUCUUCAAACUGACCGAUCCUGCGCUGCUCUACCUGGAGGUGUCCACCCUGGUGUCCAAAUAUCCUGACAUCAGAGAGGACCACAUUGUAGCCCUGUUAGCUGUCCGUGGUGAUGCCAGUCGAGAAAUGAGACAGAUGAUCAUAGAGACUCUGAACCAGAACAAACCAUCCUCUUCCCCUGCAUAUCAGCCGGUCUUCAAAGAAAUCACUGUGCCAUCCAUGACCAUGACCGCCAUGACCUCUAUGACUGUACCUAAACUGCUGAAAUAAUCUGACCUUUGACCCCUGGAGCCUUUACUAAGCCACAAACAGGCCAAAGAAUGGCUAAGAGACUCCACUAAUGCACUUUGGAAAUACAUUAGAUGAAAUACAAUAGAUGAUGUUGUGUGUUUGAAUGGCAGCAGCUCAUGAGGAGGUUGCUGUUUCUGCAGACGGCUUUGAUGAUUUAUGAUUACUUGAUGUACAGAAACAUUUCCAGGAUUUUUUUUUUUUUUUUUGAGACUGCCCUUUGUAAAUGGUUAAAAGAUGAAUUAAAGGAAUAGAUCACCCAAAAAAUAAGUUCUAACAAAUUAAGAGGUGUCAUAUGCAUUCAGCUCAUUCAUUCAUUCUCAUGGAUAAUGUAUAGUCGCCGUUUAAUUUCUUUUUCACUAGAGUGCAACACUUUAUAAGCGUGUUAUCAUGAACUGUAACAAACCACUGAAUUCAUCACUUCAGUUUUCAUUUCAAUAAAAUCUCGAUUAAUCCUAAGUGAUCCACACAGAAUGAUGUAUGAUGUUGGAUUAAACUACAGGUCAACUGUUUAUACACACACACACACACAUGACCUGGAUAUGUCAGUUUAUGAGGUGCUGGUGCAGCGUGCAGGCAGCUUGCGUGACUAUUCAAAUUUUGAAUCAUCGCUCUCUUCUCAUUGGCUGGGCUCAUGCAUGUAUAGGAUGGGGGAGGAGCUCUGAGGGUUCCUAAUGGGUGAGGAGAGACGUGCAGGAUGACAUGAAUUAUUGAAAUCUUCAUGUAAUUAAUACAAUUUUGAUUACACACUGUGUAGCAUACUGCUUCCUAUUUUACAUUAAGAAUGAAUUUGUCACAUUAUGCAGUAUGCAAUAAACAGUUCAAAUACCCA